AUGACAGGCCUUCCUUCCCUGGCCUCUGACCCAUCAGAGGGGCCACUUCCUCCAGCUCGGGGGCCUUUUAUCUCCCAGCUGUCCCACACAGGGACCCCUCCACCAGACUGCAGGCAUCGCUGGGGGAGCUGGCUGGGAGCAGCCGGGCCGGCCCAGCCUAGCCAAGGGAGCGAGGUGAAGCCCAAGCCGGCUGCACACGUCUGGCGUGACAUCAGGCGGCCACAGGACGGCCAGCUCCCCCUCUGUCCGGCCACCCCUGCCACACGGGGCGCCCGCCCUGGCCUAACCGGGAGGAAAUCCCUGCAGGAGAUCCUAGCAGAAGCUCUGCCCUUAAUCCAAACUCCCCUGGAGGGACCAGUGGCCUUCUGUGGGAAGAGCCCGGCCCAGACUCAGGGCCCCUGGGUGAAGGCCAGUCAUGCUGAUCGCCAGAGCAAAGGCCCGGACCGAGGUGCCACAAGAAGACUAAAACGGAGCCUCUGGAGCUGCUCCGGGGAGAGAGGGAGGGAGCAAGGGCUGCUGCACCGUUUUGGCAGUGAAAGGGACAGCGCCGGCCUCCUCCCUGCACCCCCCGGGUCCGAGGGCGUCCGCAACCAGGUCCAUGCCCGGGCCCGGCGACAGGGGCCCCGGCAAGGGCGCUCCGGCAUCUUCUCUUGCACCCCCAGCGCCCAACCCGGAGCCCGCCCCGCCACCCGGGCCACCCCUGACUCUGGCUCUCCGGCUCCCCUCCCGCCUCGGGCCCGGCCCGCACUCACCGGCCGCUGGAGACCGCCGGACUCGCGGCCAGACAGGAGACGCAGGGACGCGGCAUGCACCGGCUCGGGCUCGGGCCCGGCCCCGGCCCGGCCCCGCUCCAGCGCCGGCUCCCAGUCCCGACUGCAGCACACCCCAGCGGAGGCCAGCAGAGGCGCGCCGAGCCGAGCGAGCGAGCGAGCUAGCGAGGUAGCGCAACCUAGCCGAGCCCCCGAGCCGCGCGGCGCCGCCCCCAGACCGCCCGAGCCCAGCCCAGCCCAGCCCAGCCCUGCCCAGCCCUGGCAGCCUAGCCCGGCCCCGCGCGGCGCAGCGCAGCACAGUCGGGCCCAGCGAAGCGCAGCGCAGCCGGGCUAG